UCAUUUAUGGCUAACGCUACGGCGCAGCAGCAGCAGCACCUGGCGAGACGGUAAAGAAGAUGUGGCAGCCCGCGGACAGAGCUCUCGUGUCAGGGGACGUUUCCUGCGCUCGCGCUCUCACCUCCGCGCGGAACAACAUGAACAUACAUGGAGUCGUUUGAGAGCCAUGCGUUUUCUCCCACAGUUGGCAGCAGCAGGCAGGUAUUUCUCAGCCUACAGCCAAGGUAGGAGGCGGCGUCGCACUGGGGGGGGAGAAGGAGGCAUCAUUAAACUUGGCAGCACCGGUGUUGGUUGCUGGUGUAGCGCGGACAACCACAGCUACCGAGUCUGGGACACGCGUGUUUAUAUUCCUUUUUCUACGCGUGCGUGAAAUUAUUUACAUCAACACGCAGCGUUGAAAAAAGGGCCUUUGAAUUGCCGUUAUACACACAUUCCUCUGUCACUCCCAAGUUCCACACAAACUCUGACGUGACUGUGACGUCUUUUUGUUAACGUUUAUUAAAUUGUGAAGAGGAACAUGGACGGUUAACUGUUUUUUAAACUGUGUGGUGUAACGUUGGAAACUUUAGGUGAGGUGAUGUGGAGCAUCCCAGGCAGAGGACCAACCCAGGACUGUCAUUCCACGCCAGCUGUGUGUCGCUGUGGACGGAAGACGGAGCGUUAAACACACACACACACACACACACACACACACACCCAGCACUCGGAUAAUAACGAACCAGACUCUGCGCACGUGAGGACCGGAAGCAAGACUCGGUGUCUGCCCGUCCAGCUGUGUUUGGACCAGCACCGGGUCAGUCAUGACGAGGCACUUCCGUGGUCUGUCAUCUCUGCAGCCGGUGGACGUGUUUGUGAAGUGGACCCGGGCUGAGGUCACGCUCAUCCCCAUGUACACUUUGGGUUAAACGCACCUGAGAAUCCCGUGGAUUACAGUUGUCAUCUGGAAGCCUUAGCGGGAGUCAAAUGUUUGCUGAGUCAGCCAUGCCUAUCACAAAGAAAGACACUGCUCGGGCCUUGGGGCUUUUGGAGGAGUAUUGCACUAAACUGAAGAAGCCAGAGGAGCAGCAGCUCAAAACUGCCAUUCAGAGAGUGAUGGGCGUUUUCAAAAGUAACCUGUUUGAAGCUCUUCUGGAAACGAUAACGGCGGAAGAGAAUGCCAAACAAAGAGCUCACUUGAGUCCUAUUACGCAGAUGCUUAGUGGACGAUGCGGUAAUGAUGCUCCAACAGAUGUUGAGGCUGUGGCUCCAGAAGAUAUUCAGGAGUUCUAUGAGGUGACACUGCUGAACACACAGAAGAGUCGUGAGCAAAAGCUUGAGGAGGUCAUGCACAUGGCAGACAAGUGGGAGAAGAGUGUUUCUGUACAGAACUCCGAGAUCCCACAUUCGGCCUGUCCAAUAGAGGAGCAGAGGGAGCGGAGCAGCUCGGACACAAGUGGAAUGGAGCAAGGGGGAAACAGUGGCAAGAGCUCUGAGAACAGGCCACCAGCAGUGCAGGGGUCGCUUCACAACGGCCAGUCCCCACCCUGCAUGAACCCUGCCUUGAUGAACGCUCCCUGGCAGUACCAUUACCAAGAAGACGACUCGCCGCCCCUAGACCAGGGAUUCCCACGGCUUACCAAUGAGGCGCGCUCUCCCGAGCUGGUGCACGUGUCUCAGAAGAACCUGUCUGAGAUCGAGAAUGUCCACGGCUACGUGUCCCACUCCCACAUCUCUCCUCUCAAGCCUGCACUGGUUACCCGUUUUGAUCUUGCAUACCCGAGUGUGACCACAGCAAACUACAUGGCCAGUCCUGCUCCGAUAAUCGUCAACACGGACACUCUGGAGUCAGUUCCUUAUGUCAAUGGCACAGAAAUUGAAUACGAGUUUGAGGAGAUCACUUUAGAGCGGGGUAACUCAGGGUUGGGCUUUAGCAUCGCUGGAGGGACGGAUAACCCGCACAUCGGUGACGACCCUGGCAUCUUCAUCACCAAGAUCAUCCCUGGCGGUGCGGCAGCAGAAGACGGACGCCUCAGAGUCAACGACUGCAUCCUGCGGGUGAACGAUGCAGACGUAUCCGAGGUCUCUCACAGCAAGGCGGUGGAGGCCCUGAAGGUCGCGGGUUCAAUUGUCCGACUGUAUGUGCGGCGCCGCAGACCGAUGCUAGAGACCAUCAUUGAGAUCAAGCUCAUCAAGGGACCAAAAGGGCUUGGCUUCAGUAUUGCAGGCGGCGUUGGAAACCAGCACAUACCUGGUGACAACAGCAUAUACGUCACCAAAAUCAUAGACGGAGGGGCAGCGCAGAAGGACUGUCGGCUACAAGUUGGAGACAGGUUGUUAAUGGUGAACAACUACAGUCUGGAGGAGGUGUCUCACGAAGAGGCAGUGGCCAUUUUGAAGAACACGUCGGACGUGGUGUAUCUUAAGGUGGGGAAACCCACCAAUGUCUACCUAUCAGAUCCCUAUGGGCCUCCUGAUAUCACACACUCUUUCUCUCCAGCCAUGGAAAAUCAUAUCUCUUCCCCCAUCAACAGUGGCACUCUGGAGUACAAGUCCGGUCUCCCCCCCAUCUCCCCCGGGAGUUAUUCCCCCCUCCCCAAGCACUUACUAGGGGAAGAGGAUAUAAACAGGUUGGAUGGUUUUUCCUUCUUACGAAAUCCUUCACUAGACGACGGGGAGGGUCACAGGUUUGAUUCCCAGCACUUCCAGUUGAGGCCUCCUGAGCCAGUUUACAGCACUGUGAACAAACUAUGUGACAAAGCACCCUCCCCCCGACACUAUUCCCCAGUGGAGUGCGACAAAAGCCUCCUCCACUCCGUCCCCUUCCCAAACUAUCACUUAAGCCUGUUCCCUGAGUCGGACUUCACCAGGGAGCCCCGGAAGGUCGUGCUCCACAAAGGCUCCACGGGCCUCGGCUUCAAUAUUGUGGGUGGCGAGGAUGGCGAGGGAAUCUUCGUGUCUUUCAUCCUGGCGGGAGGCCCCGCCGACCUGAGUGGAGAGCUGCGGAGAGGCGACCAGAUUUUAUCGGUAAAUGGGAUUGACCUGCGAGGAGCCACGCACGAACAGGCAGCAGCCGCGCUGAAAGGAGCAGGACAGGUGGUCACCAUCAUCGCCCAGUACAGACCAGAGGAACUUGCUCUUUGCUCACCGCGACGGGCCCACUCUCCUGCACCAGAGUACGGGCGUUUUGAGGCCAAAAUCCAUGACCUGCGGGAACAGAUGAUGAACCACAGCAUGAGCUCUGGGUCCGGGUCACUGCGGACCAAUCAGAAGAGAUCGCUCUACGUGAGAGCGCUCUUUGAUUACGAGAAGUCAAAGGACAGCGGUCUGCCGAGCCAGGGCCUCAGCUUCAGGUACGGGGACAUCCUCCACGUCAUCAACGCCUCGGACGACGAGUGGUGGCAGGCGCGCCGCGUCACCCCACACGGGGACAGCGAGGAGAUGGGCGUCAUCCCCAGCAAGAGACGGGUGGAGCGGAAAGAGCGGGCACGUCUAAAGACUGUGAAAUUCAAUGCCAAGCCGGGGUCGUUUGAUUCGAAAGCGUCAUUCAAUGACAAACGUAAAAAGAAUUUCAUCUUUACGCGAAAGUUCCCGUUCUACAAGAACAAAGAGGGCGGUGAGCAGGAUGGCAGUGAUUCCGACCGGAGUCAGGACGAAGUGAUUCUAUCGUACGAGCCUGUGAUCCGACAGGAAAUCAGUUACGCCAGACCCGUCAUAAUCCUGGGACCGAUGAAGGACAGAAUCAACGAUGACCUGAUAUCAGAGUUCCCAGACAAGUUUGGGUCUUGCGUACCACCUGCUCUCAGUUCAGGGCCACAAGACACCACUCGGCCGAAGAGGGACUACGAGGUGGACGGGCGCGAUUACCACUUUGUGAUGUCCAGGGAGCAGAUGGAAAAGGACAUCCAAGAGCACAAGUUCAUAGAGGCGGGACAGUACAAUGAUAAUCUGUAUGGAACAAGUGUCCAGUCUGUGAAAUACGUGGCUGAAAGGGGUAAACACUGCAUUCUGGAUGUGUCUGGAAACGCCAUCAAACGACUACAAGUAGCACAACUUUAUCCCAUCGCCAUCUUCAUAAAACCUAAGUCUAUUGAUUCAUUAAUGGACAUGAAUAAGAGACUGACAGAGGAACAAGCCAAGAAGACAUUUGACAGGGCUAUGAAGCUUGAGCAGGAGUUUGGUGAAUUCUUCACAGCUCUGGUUCAAGGAGACACCUUAGAGGACAUUUAUGACCACUGCAAACAGGUCAUAGAGGAACAUUCAGGACCUUAUAUCUGGAUCCCCUCAAAAGAAAAACUAUAAUAACUCAUCACUCUGGAAGGGGGAGGAGUCUGGACUGCUAGAAAAAAAGGAAUUCCAUCUUGUAACAUAACGAUAACUGUACGACGACGAGUAGUCUUCAUCAACGAUGAAUAUGUUUUUUUCUGUUUCGUUUUUCUCUCUUUGGUUAUUGCUUCGUUUUUAUUUGAUUUUUCACGUCACAUGAAUGUUCCUGAAUGUAAAAAAACGGCAACGUGUUAGGACAUUUUAGCUUUUCAAAUGUGUGUGUGUGUUUGUGAGAGAGAGUGUGUGUGUUUAUUUCAAGAAAUAAAGGGAAAAGAAAAUGUAAAGGAAGUUUAAAAUAAAUAUGGGUUUGUGACCGUGUCGGCA